CGAGGACUACCCUGACAUAAGCGGGGCACGACCAUAUUCCCUUUACCGUCCGGGUUGAUCAUGUCUGUGAAACACGCCAUCAGCCGGGGGCUGGAGUUGGGCCGGUCCGCCCUUCAGCUCGGUCUCCUCAAGUCAGGAGGCCGGUUCGCAGCGAAGCUCCGAGCGGACCGUCUCCGCGUCGCGCCGUCGAGCCGCGCCGUCCAGCCUCAGGCUUUCCUGCCGUCUCGGUACCGCUACUACCGCACCUCGUUGAAGGGCCUGGCAGCCCGGCUUCAGUCCGCCGGGUUCGGGCGAAGGCUCGGCGGCGGGUCCCCCCGGAACAGGGCCGCGUUCUGGGCUUUCGGUCUCGGUGUGGGGCUCAUCGAGCAGCAGCUUGACGACGAUAGAAGGAGCGCGGCGACGUGUGACGAGAUCCAGGCGGUGUUCAGGAAGAAAAAAAUCCAGAGUUCAUUCAAGCCAUGCACCUCUGGAUAUAAACUGCAGGAUUACAUCAUUGGGAACCAGAUUGGGAAAGGCUCCAACGCUGCUGUGUACGAGGCUGCAGCUCAGUUGGCGCCUCAGAAGUGCUCCCCGCCUCAGCUGGGAGAAGAGGAAGGGGAGACCGCUCCAACGCUCAGAACCUUCCCUAUGGCUAUCAAGAUGAUGUGGAACAUUGGGGCAGGGUCGUCCAGUGAGGCGAUUUUUAAAGCCAUGUCCCAGGAGCUGGUGCCCGCAGGCCCUCUGGCCCUAAAGCGGGAGGAAGAAGAAAUCACUCUGGAUGGAUAUUUUGGAGUCCUGCCCAAAAGAGUGUCAGCGCACCCUAAUGUGAUCAGAGUGUCCCGGGCCUUCACGGCGGACGUCCCAUUGCUACCAGGUGCACAGGAGGAGUAUCCAGAUGUGCUGCCAGCCAGGCUGAACCCUGCUGGUUUGGGCAACAAUCGCACUCUUUUCCUCGUCAUGAAGAAUUACCCCUGCACACUGCGCCAGUACCUGAAAGUGUCCACGCCAGGCCACAGGCAGGGCUCUCUGAUGGUGCUGCAGCUCCUUGAGGGGGUGGACCACCUGUGUAGACAGGGUGUUGCUCACAGGGAUCUCAAAUCAGACAACGUGCUGUUGGAGUUUGACUCAGAUGGAUGCCCUCGUUUAGUAAUUACCGACUUUGGCUGCUGCCUGGCUCAGGGUGACUCUGAUCUACGGCUGCCAUUCAACAGCACAUAUGUCGACAAAGGAGGGAACGCCUCCCUAAUGGCCCCUGAGGUGGCCACCGCAGUUCCAGGGCGCGGCGUGGUGAUCGACUACAGCAAGGCGGAUGCCUGGGCAGUGGGCGCCAUCUCCUAUGAGAUAUUCGGGCAGCCUAACCCGUUCUAUCGAGCGGUGGGACUGCAGAGCGAGAGCUUCCAGGAGAAGCAGCUUCCUCCGCUGCCCUCCGGUGUUCCAGCUGAUGUGCAGCUAGUGAUCCGAUUCCUCCUCAGGAGAAACCCAAGCAAGCGCCCCAGUGCCCGCGUGGCCGCUAACAUGCUACAUCUUAGCCUGUGGGGACGGAAGGCCCUGGUCAACCAAGACAGCGUUGGCAUGAGGAAGCUUGCUGAUUGGCUGCUGUGCCAGUCUGCUGUGGUUCUCCUGAAGGGCUGCGGUGGACCCAGUGGCAACAAGGUGGAGGCGGAGCUUCAGAGGAGCUUCCUGUCCAACCUGGACCUGGAGGACCUUCGCACUGCUGCGGGCUUCCUCCUCUAUGGGCGAGCGCAGCGUCAGACCUGCAUUCUGUCUGCGUAGAUCCACUCCCACUUAUUCACAUACUAAGUCGAUGUGUCAUUGGUAUAAACAGAAAGGGAGCCCCAAGUUGAAACUUGCUUUGAUUUUUGGUUACACAUCUUUAUUUAGAAUGCUUAUAGUCUUGGCAUUUAAACCUAAUGUGUGUUAAAGGCAGGCAAACUGCUCUGAAACAUGUUAUCUAGAACACUCCUCUAUCAGUGUAUCCCAGGGGUUAUUGUAAUUUAUCAAAUGGUUUUAUUCGCCCCUCAACUUAACUCAAAAAGGGCCGUUAUCUCUUGUGUUCACUGCUAUUAUUGUGAGCAAUAACAACUGAACAAGUGAAUCGGCCCAGAGAGGGAUGGUAACAAUGGCUACCUGUAUUUCUCUUAUGUGAGUGAAUAUGUUCUAUUACAAAAUGCACUUUAGCUAUUUGCUCAAAAAGAUCCAAAGCUACAGUUGUCGUUCCAUGUGUGUUGGUCUGUGUAGAGGCAUUGGACUGAUGAUGGUGAAGGCAAAGGCAGGUAGUCUGAAUUAGAAUACACUACUUAUACCUACUAGGGCAUCAUUCAGUUUCAAAAAGGUAACAUGCAUCCUUUGCACAACUAAUGUGUCUGUCAAACUGUCAGCUAAAAACUGGAUGGGUUUCUUUGACCUAUUUCCUAUCCUAUUGCACAAAAUGCAUGGAAAAAACGUGAAAAAAAGUAUUAUUCCAUGCGAUGAUGAUGGUAGAUGCAGAUCAUGCAGAUUACUGUCUGACUAUAAGGAUGUGAUUUUGAAUUUUUGGGUUUGCACUUGUUAAGAGAGUUUAUUUGUUGGUUAUUACUGUGUGUUCUACGACUUUUCUAUAUUUAAAAGAUGAUGAUUUGAAUAAUGUUUGAGCCUACAUUUGGCAACAUGACAGGCAUAAUAAAAUAAUUAUCCUAUGCACAGUGAGGAAUACAACAUACAGGGUGUGUAUGUUUUCAUACUGAAGAUGGUGAAAGAUAUUUUAGAUACGUGUGUACAGUUAUAUGUCUUUCCUGCUGUUUCAGAAUAAAAGUACCUGUUAGAAAAUACAUAUGAAUGGGUUGUUCAGAUUAUUACAGGCUGGUAGGUUAAAACAUUGGGGAUACUUAGGUUUGAUCAAACCUCAUAGUCUAUUAUCUCAGCUCUGUCAAGUCUUCAGCUCUGUGCCAGUAAAAGGUGCCAAUAAACGAAUGCAUGUCUUUAUAUUA